CACACACACCCCAACACACAUUUACACACACUCUCUCUCACACACACACAAUUACUCCAUGUACAGUACAGCCUACUACAGAUUCUUGUUGUAAAAGAACGUUGAAUGAUUCCGCCAUUUCAGGUGGAACCUGUAUGCAUCGAUGGAAUAUAGCUCUAAGAUAAUUUAACUCUCAUAUAUAUUUUUCUCAAUUUACUGAAAAUUUUUUUAGCUGGAAAUGGAGAGAGAUAAGCGGAGAAAAUCAAAGAUACCUUGCCUUUUUGGAGGGAAUGGAGACAUUUCGACCACCCGGAAAACUGUCCAAAACAGGUCUGCGAGUGACGUCUUCACCGAGAAAAAUUUGUUGGCAUUUGAAGUUGGGCAAGCAUCUGCUAAACAAGUUUAUGGAACGUCCAUGAAGACAUUGUUAGCGAAAGAAAUGUCGAAUGAAACUGCAGCUAAAAAGCGGUCACCAAGUCUUAUAGCUAAAUUGAUGGGUUUAGAUGGACUGCCAUCUCCCCAACCUGUUCACAAGCAGCAAAGGAAGGUGUCAGACAACUCUCAAAAGAGUAGCGUUAAAAAGAAUGAGAAGCUGGGCAGUUAUCAGUUGGAUAAGAAGACUUCAAUGGAACAGCAACAUUUCAAAGAUGUUUAUGAAGAUCCAGAAGCGUCACAUGUUGCAAAUCGUCUAUACUCGUCACCGUUGAGUGCAAAAAGGAGGUCCACGAAACAGGAAUUGGGAUACAUCCAAGAAAGAUGCGAUGAAAUGCUUAGGGAGUCGAUUGCUAUUAAAAAUAAACUUGAAAGGGUAGAUUCCAACUCGGACUUGAUGUUAAGUUAUCUGCACAAAGAUCAGCAAGAGAUCUCAUUUGGUUCUCCCUGCAACCAAAUAACACUUUUAAAACCAGCAAGUUAUGUCAGACAUACACACCAUGGCAAAAGGUUGAAAGAAGCAAACGAAAUGUUAAAUUAUCAUGUUCCCGUUACUUAUCAAAGAAACGAGGAUGUGCUUUUAGACUACUCUUAUCACCAUACUACUAACCCUCGUAGAUCGUCCAGAUAUCAGGUAGAAAGGAAAGAUACAAGUGUCAUUUCUCCAACAAGAAUUGUAGUCCUUAAGCCAAAUCUUGUUAAGAUUUACGAUGAUCAGGAUCUGGUUCAUUCUUCUGAUGAAUAUAGGGGAAAUAGAGAAUCAAGUGAAGUCAGGUCUUCUAGGUACAAGUCAAGAGAAGCAAGAGAGAUUGCAAGGCAUAUUACUAGUCAAAUGAAAGAGGGUUUUGAAGGGGGGCAUGUUAACUUAUUUGAUUCUGGGUAUAGAGGAUAUGGAAGUGCUUUUGCUAGUGAAUCAGAAGUGAUGGCAAUUUCUUCCAGAAGUUCCUUUGACCGGCCCAGGCGUUCACCAUCUGAAUCCGCUGUGAUUAGGGAGGCAAAGAAGAGAAUGUCUCGUAGGUGGAAGACUCACGGAUAUCAAGAUGUGGGAAUGGUUGGCAAGGGCAGCACAUUGAAAGAAAUGCUAUCUGUUCCAAACAAUGAAAUGAGGCAUGAUAAAACUGGAUCAGUGGUGAGUCCAGUUGGGGUUGGUGAUGAAUAUGAUUGGAGAGAAGAAUAUCUAAGAAGUACAUCAAGAUCAAGACCUGUCCCUCCAUCUUCCUGCUACCAAAGUCAUACUACAAACAAUUAUCAGGAAGCUCAUGUUGAGGAAAAGAUAAUGGUACAUAACGAGCAGUCUAAUCGAACUAAAAGUAAGGGAAUAAAGGGCAAUUGUAAACGCAGAGAAGAUUCACGAUCCAAGAGUUCAAGAAACGGUAAAAGUAGUCAGUCCUCCCUACAUUGCAAUGCCUGCAAUCCCAAAUUUGAUAAUAGUGUACCAGAAAACCACUACAGCCGAAAACCUACUACUACUUGUUUUGAGAACGAAGAUGCUGCUGAAGAAGAGUCGCUAAUUCGCGAUAUUCAUGAAGCUACCACAAAUGAAGCUUCUUUUGUUGAUGUGGUCAGGGUACCUUCUGAAUCUACUACCAAUGAGCUGAUAGAAGAUGCAGAUUCCUCUGCUGCUGAUGAAGAUACUUCAAAUUCACAGGGUACUGUCUCCAUUCAGCUUUCUGGACCCGAGCCUGACCCAGAAUCUUCUGAAGGCUCGAAGGAAAUUGAAGUUGACCAACAUGGUCAAAUAUCGGUGUCGGAAGUUCCUCUUGCAGAAGAUGUAUCAUCAGGUUCUGAUUGCUUUGAGAGAGUCAGUUCUCAGCUUCUUGAGCUCAGAAAACAACUUCAUCUGCUGAAAAUGGAGUCAGGAUCAACUUAUGACAGUCCAAAUGAUGAAGAAAUCGAACAAGGAUCAUCCUUUAGUGCCUCUGAGUCAGACAACUGGGAAUCUAGUUACCUGACUGAUGUCCUACAAAGUUCCAGUUUCUACGAUCAUGAACCACUUACGUUCAUGACUACUUGGUAUUUAGUUGACUAUCCCAGAGAUACUUGGUUAUUUGAUCAUCUUGAAAAGAAAUACUCCCAAGAUCCAACAGUUUCAAAACCUGAAAGACGAUUAUUUCAUGAUCGUAUACACGAAGCAUUGUGUGAUAUUACUAAGACCAUGAUAUCAUGCUCAUGGGUCAACCCAGGUAAAAGAGGAAUCCAGAUCACAUUGACCGAAACCGGGUUUGAAGAUCAGCUGCAGAAGGUGCUUACCAAGCAAGAAAAAGAUGCAAGUAUGGAUUUUGAGGAAAUGUCCAUUGACAAGGAUCAUGAGUGGUUGGAACCAGUGGACGAAAUAGAUGUUGUUGGCAGACAAAUUGCAGAUGUGUUGUUAAAGGAGUUAGUACUAGAAAUUGUAUGCAUAUAGUUUGUUAGUCGCGGUGUAGUUGUAGCCGGUAGACAUUAGAACCACGGUAUCUGAACGAAAUAAUGGGAAAACAAGAAAACAUUUUGAAAGAUAAACCAAGUUUAGGUGAUGAAAGAAUUUGGUACUUUUGUGGUUACAAUCUGUUUGUAUGAUAUUGUAGGUGACUUUAAACACUCUUUAUAAUUACAUCCAUUACAUGUAUCAGUUAUAUUUA